ACGAGUUUUUGAAUGAAACGCGGGAUUGCCCGCGAAACAAUAUUUCAAUAUUUACAAUGUUCGUCAAAGUACCAUUUAAUAGAGAUAUUAAACGAAACUGAACUAUGUUGGUUUUGUCUUUUUAUAUCAUUGUUGUACUAGCCUGGUUAUCUGCUGCAACGCCAACUGAAAAUAUUCCAAUAGUCGCGUAUGUAUCAUUUGACGUUUUCGAGUUUUGAUUUGUAUUUUAUAUGAGAGUAUUUUAUAAUAGGUAUGGAAAUAUGCUCUCAGAGUAGCAAUUAAGUUCCUGCUUGUUGUAGUUUUAAAAGAGAAAUCCUCCUGAAAAUCUAGAGUGAUAUUUUCACCAGUACACCAUUUUAACUCAUUAGGCUGCAACGCACCCUAAUGCAAUCUUUAAUAUCAUUUUACUUUCUUUAAUGCAUUUUUAUAUGUUUAUGUAACUUCCGUUUAUGCAUAUUAAACACUAUGGGCCAUUCCAUUUAAUGUCCACCCCACCCCCACCCCUAUGGACAAAUUUAGGUGACCCUAAAGUCGUUUCUGAGGGGUUAAGCCUGUUGGCAUCCUUUGAUCUCUGCGAUUUUUCUGAGGGAUAAGGGGGAAAUUUACAAAUUUCUGAGUGGUGUUUUGUGUCGGCACUUUGAUCUUUUUUUCUUAGGAGUUAAAAUUUUACUGACCUCGUCCAUAGGGGUGGGGGUGGGAUAUUAAAUGGAAUGGCCCUAUAACAGUAUAAUGGAUCGUUUACAAAUAGAUUUUGUCUAAGAUUGCAGACUUAUUCUGUGAUUGCUUUGACCCACACCACCCUCCUGCUGAUUCUUAGGUAUCCCCUCCGAUCCAAGACCAUUUCUACGGGGUGUGUGUGGGGUGUGACACCCCCUCAAAAACAUCUUUUCUGAAAAAUAAUGGAUUUGUCAGCAAAUUGUUUUAAUUUGUAGUCAGCAAAUAUUUCACUGAUGUGGCUGAUUAAAAAUAUUUGUUAUAAAUUUACGAAAACAUUAAGGAAAAAUUUAGCGAAUUACGAUUUGUGAACUCAUUGUUAUAUUCUAAGUUAAUUAAAAAUGUAAUGUCUGGAAAAUAUUUUACCCCCCCCCCCAAUUUUGUUGGCAAAUGGGAUACUACAUCCCCUGCUUUAGCCUCUUUGCAAUGGCCCUGCUCCGGUCCCUUCACGGCAAGCCAAAGUCUAUCUGUCAAUACUCACUAAUUACCUUAUGGUCUUAUUUAGCAUUGAACCAAACCAUCUUUAUUGUAAUCAAGUAAGUGUACUUUCAUGACUGUCAGAUUUAUUGUGUAUCUUGUUUACAAAGGUGGAUAAAGCACAGUCUGAUAAAGCCGUAAAAGCGUAAUGAUUGGAUAUUUUUGACAAGCUUCCAGCAACUAGGCAGGUAGCACUAUACCACCGUCUAGUGGCCAAAAGCUUGUCAAAAAUAAACAAUAAUUUAGGUCGAUCAGUAUCCUGUUUGUUGCUAUGAUGCUCACUAUUAAAUUAUUUCUAACUUCUAGGAACUGAGCAAUGGCCAAAGUGCUCAUUAUUAUUUAACAAAGCUGCAAAUUAAUACAGGAUACGAGUUUCGUAUAUCAUACCCAGCAGUGGUAAUUAAUUUAUACUUCCAAAAUUUAUUCAGUUUGCUUUCUGUUGAUAUAUGCAUUCACCUCAUAUGUUCUGGAAUACCUCAUCUAGUAAUGUUCAACUAUAUAGUCUCAUUUUGAUUGUUUGACCUUAAUUUAAUUUAAUUAUUACAACUGUAGGAAGUCCAUGGGUAGAUGCAAUUAAUGGUGAUUAUAUUUCUGGAAAUCAUGGUUUACUACUUUACAAUAUAAAUUCUUAGAUACCCACAGACUUCAUAAUCAAGGAUCUCAACAAGACUACAGCAACUGGCCGAAAAUUAUUAAAUGUAGAAAAGUUUGUCUUUUGGACAGAUAUGCAAGAGGUAAUUAUGCUGUACUUCUGGGAGCUUCAGGAAAAUGUCAGCUAGACUCUUGAGCAUGUCAUUUUGCUUGGGAAAGUUAAUUAUAGGUUUAUCCAUGUACUACCCUGUCUACCCACAAGAACUGUAUUCCAGACUCAUCUGGCAGAGGGUGGAAGAUAUAUCUUCAUAACUAAAAUAAUUAUAAAUAGACCCAUAUUUAUAAUUAUCACACCUUAGGAGAAACAUUUUGAAGUAACAGCUUUCCGCACUGGUGUUGCUGUCAAGUCAAGCUUGAAUGAUCUACCAGUUCUGUAUGAUGUGGGUAAGUGUUACUGUAAUUUUAUCUUUGCAUUCUGUUCAACUUACAAUGAAACCCCACUUUUACAGUGAUGUCACUUAAUCGUCCCCAAAACUGGCCAAAAUAGCUGAGGCAACAUUUCCAUAUAAAGAUUCCCCCUUAAUAUGGUCACUCCUUUAACCCAUUAAGCUGCAGAGCUUCCCCAUUGACGAGUAAAAUCGUCUGGCGUUAGACAAGUAAAAAAAAAAGUAGGGUGCACUGGGGGGCAUUGCAGCUCAAUGGGUUAACAUAGCAAAUACAGUAUUUGAUGACCUACUGUACUUGAUCGUGUCAGACUGUUUUCGUGGAGUUUCACUCAGUUGUGUUUUUGCCCUCUAUAAUAUCUUAUAACUUUCUUUUAGUUGUAGAGCAGCUGUAUGGUGGUGUGUCCAUCGAUAUUUGGAAAUUGGUUUUAUUUGCCUCCGUAACUAUAUUUCUUGCCCUCAAAUUUUGUCGUCAACCAUUUAUCAAUUACAUCAAUGCUGAAAAUGAAAAACUGGAAUAACUUUUCUGGGAAACUGAAGCCAAAACGAUCUAAUGUCUUCAUUUAAAGAUAACCUGUAACACUGCGAACAUUUCCAACAUACUCGGUAAAUCUCAAUAUACAAGAACUUAAUUUAGACAUCCCAGGAUCACUCACUUCUAUUAGCAAGUAACCAUCUGUUUGCAAAUUAGAAUGAGGUGGUUGCCAGAAUAAGGGUGGGGUUGGGUGCAGACAAAAUAUCAGGUUUGUGUUGUCUAAAGCAAGUUCAAUGUCUUAUAGUACAGUGAGUACUAUGUACACAUCGGGGAUGUGCCAGAUCCAGAUACAAUAAUCUGAUAUCCAGACAUCCGGUAAAAUUUUGCUAGAUAUUGACGGAAUGGAUAGUACUGCAACUUUUAUCAGAACCAUAAAAAGUUUCAUGAUCAAAGGUAAACUGCUCUUUGCUUUAGAUUACCCAAUAUUUAUGGUUAUUGUAUAAAUUUUAAUUUAACAACUUUAAUUUGGCACAUAAAAAACUGAAUAUUUACAUAACUUAAACGGAUAAUUACAUUGUACAAGAAGACGAGGAAAGUGCCAAAAGUGGCGAAACACAAACGAGACAAUGUCCCACGCAAGGUGCUCACCACUAGACAACAAACAAAGACAAGAAACAAAGACAAGGAAGAUUAAAUGAAAAGACUAAGAGAAUGAAAAGGCAGAAAGAAUGAAAAGACAAAGAGAGAAAUGUUAAGGCCGGCGCACACUAGAGCUAUGUGCUUAGCAAAAUGUCAUUCGUGACUGUUGG